CUACUUGGUGUUAGUUCAUCUCUGCAGAUUAAAGGCAUCACAUCAUUAAGAACGAAAAACAAAAAGGGGGGAGCCUUGAAGUGCCAUUCCUGACUCUACCUGGCUGGAAGAGCCAUCACUGAGAUAUCACUAUGUCAGACGAGAAUGCCACAGAAAAUGCCACAUCCAAUUAUUCGAGUUACUAUGACUAUGGUGUCACACAAGAUUACACUCCUAUCAACUUAAGUGAUGUUCAAGAAUUCAGCCAAGUGUUUCUUGCCACUCUCUAUAGUUUGGUUUUCAUCCUGGGCUUCAUAGGUAACGGACUAGUGGUGAGUGUCCUGGUGAAGCACCGCAAUCAGAGCAACCUGACAGACAUCUGCCUCUUCAACCUGGCUCUCUCUGACCUCCUCUUCGUCUUCACGCUGCCUUUCUACUCUCACUAUGCCAGGGUCGGCCAGUGGACUUUUGGAGACUUCAUGUGCCGUUUGUUGUCCGGCUCUCACCAGACUGGCUUCUUCAGCAGCAUCUUCUUCAUGGUUGUCAUGACGCUGGACCGCUACAUGAUCAUCGUGCACGCUCACAGGGUUGCACGUUUUCGCACAAAGAGGGCAGCCAUCAUUCUGACCGUGCUCGUUUGGAUGCUGAGCUUGUUUGUCUCUCUGCCGGAUUUUAUCUUCACACAGGAAACAAAGGAAGAGUCUCAGAACAUUGGAUGUAACUAUCACAGCAAAGUCUGGGAGCAUUACAACCUGUUCACCACAAAUGUGCUGGGUCUCGUGAUUCCCUUGCUGGUGAUGGUAGGUUGCUACUCCAGGAUCAUCCCCACACUGAUGAGCAUGAGGACAGCAAAGAGGCACCGCAUCGUCAAGCUGAUCAUCUGUAUAGUGGUUGCAUUUUUCUUACUCUGGGCUCCAUAUAACAUUUCCCGUUUCUUGAAGUUUCUUCAGGAAAAAGGGAAAAUCCCACGUAUUGACACCUGGGACAAAAAUAUAAGGCUGUCAAUAACAGUGACUGAGAGCUUAGCUUACACUCACUGCUGUCUGAAUCCCAUCAUAUACGCUUUUGUGGGAGAGAAGUUUAUGAGACGAGCCUUGCAGCUGUUGAAAAAGUUGGUGCCUGGUUACAGGAGAGAUUUGGCAGACAGCUCAUUCAGGAGAAGCUCAGUUAUGUCCAGGGGCUCUGAAACCACCUCCACUUUUAAACUGUAGAAGGUGGAGGGCAUGUGUAACUUUUUUAACAUGCAGUUUUCACCUGUUAUUACUGCACACCAUAUCUUGUUCUUGUUUUUUUGUUCAUUUGACCACUUGUAUUUGACAUAUACUGCAGUGUUUUUUACUGCAGAGUUUGUGUUUACAGCUUUAGAUCCUUUGACUUACAAGGGAAUACUUCAUUUUUAUCAUAAGAUUUCAGAUGCAAAGGCUCAAAACUUAUGUCCAGUGCUUUUGAGACUAUGUAAUGCUCUUCCUUCUUCUGCUCAGGCUCAGUGAAACUUGCUGGUGCAUUCAACUGAACCCGCUGUUUGUAGCAUCCUGUAACAGCAAGCUGGCACAAACAUGCAAAAUAGCAUACUGCAACACAAACAAACCAAAGAUGCCAACACAGAAUGUUCUAGUCUUAGAUGAAAUAGAAAUCCUUCAAUCAAAUGUAUACCAAUAUGGAGCAUUUUCCAUAUUCACAUGUCGUCAUUGAUAAUUGAAUCUUAUAAAAUGAUGUGGAGCAAAUGUUCCAGUAUUGGCAACAUUGUAUAUAUGUACAGAAUAGAGCUUUACAUGCUGGAUACAUUGUCCUUAUUGCUUCAGUGACUUUACUGUUGUGUCAGAUCUUCUUUAAAUGAAACUGGUGCAUUUUCUUACUUUAAUUUACAUAUUUCACUUUUUGCACUUUUUUGUCUGUUACAUCAUGUUAUGGUUCUUUGCAUUUGUAAUGACUGAGUCGAGUCAGACACUCCUUUAUCUCUUUUCCUGAUUUUAUAUGAUAGUUUUCUUAAGACAAUAAAUAAUAAUGCAACCCUUCAGCUUACUUCGAAUGAAAGUCAUAAAGUGGUUUGUCAUAUUGGAGGAGUCCAUUGUUCAUUUUGAGAAGCUCUCUUAUUUCUUUCUGUUAUGGAAAUGACAAAUUCUGUACACAGUCAGACAAAAGGAUCUGUUAAAAAAGACGGUCUGUGAGAUAGUCCCAAACUAAUUUGUUAGGUAGGCAACUUUUCACCAUCACUAUCAUUUUUGUCGCCCGUGGAAGAGUCCAACUGAACCGUCAUCUGAAAUCUUGGGCUUUCAAUUGAGGCCGCGUGUAAUCGCUUUUCAAAUGACAGGAGUUGUAGUUUCCACAUUAUGUCAACAGAGAAGGACACGUGAUUUGUUUUGGAGAUAUUGUGAUUUUUUUUUUUUGUUAAAAAUCAAAUUGAUAUCUUCACUUUGAGACCCUUAACUUUCCUUUUAGCAGCACUUGAGAAAUAAUAAUUUUACCCCUUUCCAAAACCAAAAUUAUAUUCGUUGCCCUUUGUAGUGGACAGCAGGAAUAACUUUGGCAUAUUUUCAACCUAUAAUCAUGUUUCAGGAAGCGGAGACAGUAAGGAUUAUCCUCAAUAUUGUGGAAGCAGAGUCAGAUUAGAGCUGUCAAGAAAUUAGGUGGGCAUUAGAGUACAAAGGUGAAAGCUCAAAAGAGCACAUACAUAGAUUGUACCAUGUAUUGCUCAGACAUUUUUAGGCAUUACAAUUUCUAGAAGGGGAAAUAAAAGCCUUUUAAGUUGAAUUCAAACACACACCAAUUUAAGGUUUGAUUUCUUUCUUCAGUUACCCUGUUGAUUUAUUCAGUUAAUUAUAUUUGCUAAAAGUGCAUUAAACUGUACCGUUUCUGUGUUUACCAGUUCAGUUUAAAUGAUACUGAAACUGGGCAGAAAUCAUUUUGUUUUUGGUGCUCAUCUCUGAAGGCGGCAUUAAAACU